UUUAUUCUUAUCGCUGGGAGCAGUUUCUGUUGGAGCAAGUUUAGUUGGCGCUUCCUCUUGGCGUUUUGUACUCAUUCGCAUAUUUGCUUUCGUUGGGAAUUGUUGUCGCCAUUUGUGUUUGUGGUUAGCUUGUGUAUCUCUCGAUCGUCUCUUAAGGGGAGCUUGUGGCAUCUCGGUCAGCAGACGUAGAGACUUGCCCGAGAGUGUUGGUCGCGUGCAUUGCCCGGCAAAACAAACAAAUUAAAUACGCAUAGUGUCUAAAGAGUUUUAUCAAAUGUGUUUCUCAGUGUUAGAUUUUAAGUAAAAAAAAAACAAAUUUAAAUAACUUGAAAAAUAAAAGAAGAAAAUAUGCAGAUAUUAGAUAAACCAAAAUUUAGCUACACGCUAUUGUUGCUAUUCGGCCUAUGGUCCUGUUGCUCUUGGACGCAAACGCAUGCAGCCACUACAGAUACCAACAAUGAUGCCGCAGUCGAGAAAGAAGCGAAACGCAUCAAAGUCUUCACUGUAGCUACAGAACGUACAGAUGGAUAUUUGCGUUACUUGCGCUCAGCGAAGCGCAUUUAUGACAUAGAGGUCAAUACCCUCGGCAUGGAUGAGGAGUGGAAAGGUGGCGAUAUGAAUGGCUUGGGUGGCGGUUAUAAAAUACGUUUGCUGCGUGAAGCUGUCAAGCCAUUUAAGGAUGAAAAAGAUGCAAUUAUCUUAUUCACCGACAGCUACGAUGUCGUCUUCACUGCCGACCUUAAGGAAAUCUAUCAGAAAUUCAAAGAAUUCGGUGCUAAAGUGCUCUUCUCCGCAGAGAAAUUCUGUUGGCCUGAUGAAAAAUUGGCCUCAAAAUAUCCACCGGUUUCAGAGGCCAACGCAUCGCCCUACCUCAACUCAGGCGCAUUCAUCGGUUAUGCGCCGGAAGUCUAUAGCAUUUUAAGUGACGCCGCAAUAAAGGAUGAUGACGAUGAUCAGCGCUACUAUACGAAAAUAUUCCUUGAUACGGAAAAGCGCAAAAAGCUGGGCAUACAAUUGGAUACGCAAUCACGCUUGUUCCAGAAUUUGAAUGGCGCGCGUGAAGAUGUUAAGCUGAAUGUGGAUUUGGACUCGAAUGAGGGUAAAUUGCAGAAUAUUAAUUUCAUGACUGAACCGAGCAUUAUACACGGAAAUGGACCCAGCAAGAUGGAAUUGAAUGCAUUCGCUAAUUAUUUAGCGAAAACUUUCAAGGGAGAUUGUCUGAUAUGUCAGGAAAAUCGACUGGAAUUGGAUGAAAAUAACCUACCCGUAAUUUCGCUAGCGCUCGUAAUUGCACAAGCAGUGCCUUUCUUCGAUAUGUUUUUGCAGAAAAUCGAAGACCUCAACUAUCCUAAGGAGAAAUUGCAUUUAUAUAUUUACAGUAACCAAAAAUUCCACGAUGAUAUGGCGAAAUCGUUCCUGAAGCGGCUGGAGCAUGAAUAUCGCAGCGCAAAGAUUGUGCUGUCCAACGAUGAAUUGAAUGAGCAGCGUGGUCGCGAGCUAGCACUACAACAAGCCAAACAAAAACAGUGCGAUUAUAUAUUCUUUGUGGAUGCUGCUGUGCAAGUGGAUGAUCCACAAAUGCUGCGCGAAUUAUUAAUAAUGAAUAGACAAUUCGUUGCGCCAGUGGUGAGCAAGUACGAUGAAUUAUGGAGCAAUUUUUGGGGUGCACUCUCUGAUGGUGGCUACUAUGCGCGCUCACAUGAUUACGUGGACAUUGUGAAGGGCUCAUUUACUGGCAUGUGGAAUGUCCCGUAUGUGUCCAGUGUUUAUCUGAUUAAGAGCAGCGCAUUCAAAUAUAUCUCGUAUCAGCAUCGAGACUAUGACCCCGAUAUGGCAAUGUGCGAAUCGCUACGCAAAGCUGGCGUCUUCAUGUAUGUCACCAAUCUACAUGUCUACGGUCAUUUGGUGAAUGCUGAUGGCUUUGAUACUGCAGUAGCCCGGCCCGAUUUUUACACGCUCUUCAGCAAUAAAUACGACUGGGUACGCAAGUACAUACAUCCUAACUACUUCAAACAUUUGGAACCCAAUACGACUGUAGAACAACCAUGUCCCGAUGUAUUUUGGUUCCAAGUAGGUACAGAUGCCUUCUGUGAUGAUUUGGUAGCAAUUGUGGAAAAUUUCGGCAAAUGGUCUGAUGGCAGCAAUAAAGAUAGUCGGCUAGAGGGCGGCUACGAAGCGGUGCCAACACGUGACAUACACAUGAAACAGGUGGGACUUGAUCCACUCUGGUUGAAGUUCCUCGAUUUCAUUGUGCGACCACUGCAGGAAAAGGCGUUCUUGGGAUACUAUCAUAACCCACCGCGCUCGCUCAUGAACUUUGUGGUGCGUUACCGCCCAGACGAACAGCCUUCGCUGCGACCACAUCACGACUCCUCGACAUACACCAUUAAUAUAGCCUUGAAUUCCGUGGAUGUGGAUUAUGAAGGUGGUGGCUGCCGUUUCUUGCGCUACAACUGUCAGGUGGAUAAGACACGUAAAGGUUGGAUGUUUAUGCAUCCAGGACGCCUGACACACUACCAUGAGGGUUUGUCGGUGACCAAUGGUACGCGUUAUAUUAUGAUCUCAUUCGUGGAUCCAUAAUUGCGGCUUAUAGGGAGGGAAGUGUUGAGGAAGCGUGCUCCAGCAUGGGUCACUGAGAUUUAGAAAUUAAGCUUAAACUGCCAUGUCCAAAGAUUACCUUUAGUCGUUUUGUAAUUGCUUACCCUGUAAUUACACUCCUAAAAGCUUUCUUAGUUGUCGUCGAAUCGAAUUGUAAGAGACUACUUAAUACUACACUACCAAACAUGAACAAAGUCGUAUAAAACUAAAUACUAUAUCUAUUUACGUA